UCGAGUUGUCCGCAUCCCUUGUUAAUGUGGCCCAAGACAUACGACUCUAUCAGUGUAUGACUUCAUUUGAGUGUAUUGGACUAAAGGAAAAUCUUGAAAUUUAGAUAUUACGGUACGGCAGCAGGUUCUGUAGGUCUGCUACUCUGGGAAGCUAGCAGCUCCUUGCGGUUGCGGUGUAUUAAUACAAUAAUAAGUCAGUGAGUUGGAAGGAUAAUAUUACAUUUCAGAUCAUAAUGUCUGAAAAAGAUGAAUGUUCUGCUAAUAAUGACCCCAAUCUGGCCGGGUCCUCAGAACAAGAUGAAAGUCUUGGAGCUACAGGAGGUGCCGAAUUGGAAAAUGGGAAUAUAAAUUUCCUUGAAAAGUUUAUGGAACAAUUGAAGCUCUUCAACAAACCUGCUCAAGAAACAGAGGAUGAAAAACCAAAGCCAGAGCAGUUACUUAAAGAAGUGACAUUUCAAGGAGUAUCGGAUUAUAUUCAAUCUCCCAAGUGCAAAAACAUUAUUGUUUUAUCAGGAGCUGGAAUAUCAACAUCUGCCGGCAUACCGGAUUUUCGAAGUCCUGGUAGCGGUUUAUACGAUAAUCUGCAAAAAUUUGACCUUCCUUCUCCACAAUCUAUAUUUGAAAUAUCGUAUUUCAAACAAAAACCGGAGGCAUUUUUCACCUUGGCAAAGGAACUCUAUCCAGGUGAAUUCAAACCUACAAUUUCACAUUAUUUUGUCAAGUUACUGGAGACGAAAAAACUUUUAUUGCGAGCAUACACUCAGAACAUAGAUACUUUGGAACGGGUAGCUGGAAUUAGUGAUGACAAAAUAGUGGAGGCACAUGGAACAUUUCACACAUCUCAUUGUUUAUCUUGUGGAAAGUCUUACACACAGUCUUGGAUGAGAAAUGUUAUUUUCAAAGAUGAAAUACCGAGAUGCUCUGAUGAGUCAUGUGGCGGACUAAUUAAACCUGAUAUAGUAUUUUUCGGUGAAUCUUUGCCUCCACGAUUUCAUAUGAAAAGAAUGGAAGAUUUCGAUAAAUGCGAUUUGCUCAUCGUCAUGGGAACGUCUCUGAAAGUUCAACCUUUUGCAUCUCUGGUUGACUCUGUACCUGACACUACACCAAGGUUAUUGAUAAAUAGGGAGAAGAGUGGAAGCGGAGAUGUCAUGUUGAUGAUGAUAUUCGGUGGUGGAAUGAGAUUUGAUGAUGAAGAUAAUUACAGAGAUGUUUUCUGGGAAGGUAAUUGUGAUGAUGGUUGUCGUGCAUUGUGCUCUCUCCUGGGAUGGUUGAAAGAAUUAGAUGAACUUGUUGAAACUGAACACAAGAAAAUUGAUGAAGCUAAAUCGAAAAUGUGAAUUCUUGCAAAAAAAAUAGUCCAUAAUUUUUCAUUCGCCAAUUCUAAGAUUUCAUAUUGUCCUGUAUCUCCCAAACAUUUUUUACUAAAGUAGGAAUCAUGAUUUUAUGUUUGUAAUCUAGAUAACCUAUCGUGCCUAUUUAUAAUGUAAGAGGUCAGUAAUUUAUUUAGACCUCAUAAUCAGCAUAAUAAAUAAUAUAAAUGAUAAAAACAAGAAUAAAAACAUAAUUAUGGAGGUCGUCAAACUAAACCUAUGAUUAAGUUCAAAACUAGCAAUAUUUUUGAAGAUGAUCAUGUGAUGGAUGGUCACACGUUUGUUCAAUCACAGUUUUGUCUUCUACUGAUAGAUAUUUUUGCAAUAUGCCCACAACCUUUCCAUAUGCAAACUUAAUGUUAGUGUUUAAUAUCAAGUAAAACAGAAAAAUAAAUUUUACAAUCACUGUGAAAGCCAAGAUUUUCUUUUAAGUUUUUAUCUGAUUUCCUGAAAAAUUGGGCUCCGUUUUUAAUUUGUGCCCAAUGUUUUAAGCAACUGAAUUUGUUUUUAUGUUUCGCACAUGGUGUUCCAGUGAACAGCACUUUAGCCCAAGUUAAUAUUAUAAGUUAUUUAGAUAUACUUCUAAAAUAUAUAAUAAAAUCAUUGCCUUGUCAGCCAAUCCUUUCAAUUGUUUGUUCUGGAAGUUUUGAUGCAUUGCUAAUCCAUGAUCAAUCCAUAAUUAGUCUCCCAGAAAAUUUUUUGGCUUGAUGGAAAUUAAUUUUUCUGCUGAUUUGCUAUUUUUCAAGUUAUUAUUCUAUUUUUCACAUUUCAAGCAAGAUUUAAAUAUACCAGAGAUAAUUUUUAGCUGUAUGAUAUGCUUUUAUGUGUGGAUUUUAACUCCGUAGUAUUAUGUACUACAAUCUGUUUCCUGUUUGGUAAAGUUAAAACUGUAAAUAACUAAUUUUUGUUUUAAAAUUUCUGCAUUUUAUAUAAAACUUGAAAGUGUUAUGCAAUAUUACUUUGUAAUCUUAUUAGUAAACCAGUAAGCCAAAUACAUAAAUAUGUCGUCUGUAGUGACAAUCCAGCAUUGGGACCACCAAUGGAAAGCACUCAACUGUG